GCUGAAAGGAAGGCCUGUAAUUAAAUCCAAGGCUCGGUAAGUACUACGCCUUACGUGUACUGUUCUCUAUAUCUAUCUCUCGAUGACACUUAACAAGCUUCAAGUAUUUUAAAUUUCCGUAUUCUUUUGUUUUUUCUAAAGUCGCUCCUUCCAGCAAUGAAAUGAUUUUGAAGUUUCCAUGAACAGUCGCGACCCGUUUAAUUUACGCCGCUCCCCAGCAUUCGACAUCCUUCGAGGCACUGCGACACAAGCGGCUUCAAACAUUACUCAGAGGGUUAAAGAAGUAGGCGAACAAGCUUUUGAGUCUGGGAAGCAAGCUGUUGAAGAGAUGUCCACUUUUUCAAUACCGAAGAACGUCCCCUCUUUUACAGACCCUCAGCGGAAUUUGGAAAACAGAGCUUGGGCGGCCUCUGGCAUGACCGCGAGAUCAUCGACUGCAAACACAGGUGGAGGAGUAAUUAGUGGAAUACAAGACCGGGUUGGAAACCUCCUUGGUGAAAGUAGGGAUCUGCCGAUGUAUAAAGACAAGCCAUACUCAUAUGCCUCCUCUAGGAGGGCAUUGCCUAUUUACAAGCGGCGGCGCAUUGUCUUCGGAGGCAUUGCAUUUGUGGUUUUUGUGUUAUACCUCUUAGGGUUCUUCGGAUCUAAUGACGUGACGAAAGAAAAAUCGAAAGACAGAUGGACAUGGCUGCAGCGACCUGAAAAGACGGCCAAGGCAAUUGAUUGGUUGGACCGAAGGGAAAGGGUCAAGGAGGCCUUUAUUUUGAGUUGGGAUGCAUAUGAACGAUAUGCAUGGGGAUAUGAUGAGUUCCAUCCAAUCUCGAAGCACGGGAAGCAAAUGACCCCGAACGGAAUGGGUUGGAUAAUUGUGGAUGCUUUGGAUACGAUGAUAUUAAUGAAUCUGACAAGCAGAGUGCAACAUGCAAGAGAAUGGAUUACAAACUCGCUGGACUACGAUCAAGACCAAGAAGUUAAUACAUUUGAAACUACGAUCCGUAUGCUCGGGGGCCUUCUAUCCGCCCAUUAUCUAUCUACGGAAUAUCCACACUUAGCUCCAUUGACCGAAGACGAUGAAGGAGCUUCGGGAGAGGAUUUAUAUCUGGAAAAGUCAAGGGACUUAGCUGACCGAUUGCUUGGCGCUUUUGAAUCUCCUUCUGGAAUACCAUUCGCCAGUGUCAAUCUUAAGACCAACAAAGGUGUACCAUCUCAUGACGACGGUGGAGCGUCAUCUACAGCAGAGGCAGCCACGUUGCAAUUGGAACUGAAAUAUCUUACCAAACUCACUGGAGAAACUGAAUACUGGGAAAAGGCUGAGAAGGUUAUGAAAAUAAUUGAUGAUAAUGGCAUGGAGGACGGACUUUUGCCAAUCUACAUAUACGCUAGUACUGGAAAUUUCCGUGGAAAAAACAUCCGCUUGGGCAGCCGUGGCGAUUCAUAUUACGAGUAUUUGAUCAAACAGUAUCUUCAAACUUCAAAAGAAGAGCCUAUCUAUGAAGAACUUUGGGACGAGGCACUCAAGGGAGUUCGCAAGCAUCUCAUCACGUACUCUAGCCCUUCGCGCUUUACCAUUCUUGCAGAGAGACCUGAAGGUUUGAGUGGCUCUCUUUCACCAAAGAUGGAUCAUUUGGUAUGUUUCAUGGGUGGAACGAUUGCCUUGGGCGCUACUGGUGGUAUCGCGGAGGCUGAGGCACGUAAGCUACCAAGUUGGAGCGCGAAAAAGGAUGAAGAGAUGAAACUUGCCAGAGAGUUGACGCAUACCUGCUGGGGAAUGUACAAGGUCAUGGCAACCGGGCUUGCUCCCGAAAUUGCACAUUUCAACAUUGAUAGCCCUCCUCUGCCGGAAAGUGCACCACACGAGGCACCUUCGAAUUUUGAUGACCCUGAAAAUCAAGAGUGGCGGAAAGACUUUAUUAUAAAGAAGAGUGAUAACCACAAUCUUCAGAGGCCGGAAACUGUCGAAACACUAUUCUAUAUGUGGAGAAUAACGGGAGACGAGAUGUACAGAGAAUGGGGAUGGGAGAUGUUUAGGUCUUUUAUGAACCAUACAGCCGUUGAAGAGGGUGGUGGCUUUACGAGUCUUUCUGAUGCUGAUGUUCUGCCUCCACAGACCAAGGAUAAUAUGGAAAGCUUCUGGCUUGUAAGUAUAAUUUGCUUGUUGUUGUUAUUAACAAAUUUGCUGACCUCAUCAAGGCUGAAACUCUUAAAUACUUUUAUCUUCUUUUCUCGCCAAAUGACCUCCUUCCUUUGGACCAAAUAGUCCUUAACACAGAAGCACAUGCAUUCCCGCGGUUCAAGAUGGGUCCAUUGUUGUCAACCGGAUGGAAGAGGAAGCCCAGGGGACCGGACGGCAAGAUUCUACCAGAACCAGAGAAAAAGCCCGAAGUGAAGGAGGUUAAAAUCCAGGAAGCGAAGGAUGCUGGGACGUGAAGUCGAAAAAGGAAAAUUGUAUAUGAUGGAUGAUAAUCAUGUAAAUUCGUUGUAUUUUUAUCAGAUCUAAAUAGUGGGCUAUUAAAUGGCUUCCUCGUCAUUACCCGCGUUGAUGAGUCGGGGCAAUCUAAAAAUAGACCCUGCUCCUCGAAUAUUGUACUCGUGGUCAGACUAUUGUACUUUCUAUGUACGGAUCUACUCGGAUCUACCCCCGUACAUUCCAAUAGUAAAGGAGCUAGCUGAAUGCACCUUCCCGCCGUAUCCGAAGUACCUUCUUCAAAUACAACAUUUUAC